AAACCAAACAAAUAUCAGUAACUUCGUGCUCGCUUAUAAAGCUUAAAACUGUACUAGUGCUGGAUAUUCCUUUAUUAGUUAUGUACCUUAAUGCAAUUGCUAAAGGAUUUGUUCCUCGCCAAGAACACAUUUCCUCAAUCAUUCAUCUAGGAAGCAGAAUGAGUACGCAGCUAAAACCAGUCGAAAAUGCAAUUCGCGAGGGUCUUACCAGCAAUCUAAAACCUGUUCAUUUAGAAGUAGUGAACGAAUCAUAUAUGCACAAUGUUCCAAAAGAAGCAGAAACACACUUUAAAGUUUUGAUAGUGUCCGAGCAGUUCGAAGGAGUAACUCUUAUAAAGAGACACCGAUUGGUAAACGAAAUCGUUAGGAAAAAACUGGAAGGUAAUUUUGUUCACGCCCUGUCAAUUGAAGCAAAAACUCCGGCGCAAUGGAAUGAGACGUAUAAGCUAGAACCAAGUCCAAACUGCCGUGGAGGGUUUGGCAGAUAAACGUUAUUUGUGUAGGAAAUACUCAUAUUUAGAUUAAACGAUUAGUGACUGCAAAAAAAAAUUUAUUUACAAAUCCCAAAACUAAACAUUUUAAAUGUUAUAGCUGUCCAGUCUUAGCUUGCCAUCGUUUUCUGUAAAGUACAUCAUAUCUGCCAUAGUUUGUUCGCAGAUUA